CCACAAUGGCCCAAGAAGCAUCAUCCUCAAAAUCUUCACCAUCUUCUAAGAUGAUCUCAUUAACAACAGCUGACAAUGUUGUGUUUGAGAUAGAUGGCACUAUAGCAAAGCAGAUGAAAGUUGUGCAAGCUUUCAUCGAAGAAGAUGAUGGAGUUUCAACAAUUCCCCUGCCAAAUGUCUUCAGCAAAGAUCUCUCUUUGACAAUCGAAUUCUGUAAGAAGGACAUCGCUGGAGAGAUCACAAAGGAUUUUGAAGCUAGCUUUGUAAAAGAUCUUGACAACGAGGAGUUGAAGGUCCUAUUCCUUGCAGCAAACUACUUGAACGUGAAUAGGCUUUUCGAAUUUCUAAGUCUGACCAUCGCAAAACGACUCGAGAAUAAGAGCGUAGAGUACGCGCGUGAGUAUUUUGGGGUCGAAAAUGAUUUCACGCCCGAAGAAGAGGCUAGGGUCCGAGAAGAGCGUGCUUGGACUUUUCAGGGACUUGAUGAAGACGAGGUUUGAGUCAAUAAUAAUUAUGAUGUAUUAGAUUAUGAAUAAGGAGCAGAAAUUCUCCAAUCUUAUCUUCAGAUCUAUGAAUUUAAUAUGCACUAUUUUCCCUAAUA